CGGAAGUGCUUGUUAAACCGGAACUACAGACUUCCCAAUGUGACUUACCUUGAAAGCACUGUUAGGAUUUAAUGUUGUCAGUCUAGUGGUAUAAAGCCUACGAAAUGUUUCUUACCACCGCAAAUUUGGCCAAGGCUAAAUCAAAGACCAUCUUGGUGCAGAUGAUGAGCGCUGCAGGGACAGGCUUCUUCUUCAACACAAAGAGGGGCCGUCUCAAGGACAAAAUGGUGAUUCGCAAACAUGAUCCAUUUGUGAACAAGCACGUGCUAUUCUUUGAGAAGAGGAAGAUCAGAUCGAUUUAAUAAGCAGCCAAAAUAAAUGGACAACAUGAUCCUGCUCGAUUUAAACUGACUUUUCUUUAUUGACAUGGAUCAAAAGGCCUCCACCCCCCCACUGCACCAGUGGUCAAGCCUGGCUGAAAAUCUUCAAGAAGGAACUACAACUCGUGUGUAAAAGUUAUGCCAUUACUCUGGGCUAUACAGUAUCAUUGAUAACAGUUCAAUAAGGUUUCUUGAACCUUUACAUGUAAGCCAAGUACCUGAAUCCAGCCGUUUGUUAAAUAUGAACUAUUUGGACAAAUAAAAUACAUUUAAUCAA